AUGGCUGAUACAAAGUUUUUUGUUUAUGGCGGUGGACGAUGGCGGGAAAUAAAUUUGGAGCGGGGCAACGUCGACGGUUGGCGUCAUACGCGGUUUGUAUAUGUAAAAAACGGCAAACUUGCUUUUGCUAAUAAACGAGCUGUAUUGCGGGGUUUAAGGGAUCUAGUCCAGAACAAACCCAGUACAGUACAGUAUGGUCUUCCGUUACCGAGAAAAAAAAUUAAGGAAUUUAAAAGGUCUCAUGCAAAAAGCAAUGUUUCAAAUCAUCACUGCUGUGGCCAUCAAAAUUCAUGUUGUAAUAGCGUCCAGAAAACUCAAUACCAACCUGCUACCACUACGAAUACCGCAGUUCAAUGUGAUAUUGAAGCACCAAAAAAACAAUCACAAAGAAAUGUUAAACAAAGAGCUGAAACUCAUAUAGUGAGGGAGACAAACCAUGACGACAUUCAAGUCUCGAGUGACGAAGCUAGUACCAGCUCAUCAGUUGAACCAUCUUCAGCAAUUAGUUUGAGAAAUAGAGGACACACGCUUGAAAUAAACGAGAACGAUAUACUGUUGUUUCGUAAUUUUAUUGAAAACGAUGGCUGUAACAUGUUAAAUGUGGACUUAUUGUUAUUUGAUGAAGACGAUAGAGAAAAAGAGAAGGCUUUGUAUAAAAUUAAUCCAGUUGUAAGAUUAGUAAGGGAUAAACGGAUAAUAGAUUUAAUUAAACUUAAAAGAAGGCAGAUAAAAGGGUUGACUACGCAUAAAGAAUUAAAUUCCGUUGAAAUUUCAACAACGCCAAAGGAGAAUAUAAAGGGUACAAAAGUUCAAAGGAAAAAACAAGUUAAAAGCAACCCGCAAGGCAUCCGAACUCAUGUUUCAAGCUCCAAUGCGGUGCGAGUAUACUCAUUGCUUGAGGACGAAGCUAUAGUAGCAUGGAUGUUGAAAAGUGAUCGGGCAACUCAAGUGAAAGGAAACCGCUUGUGGAGGGAAUAUGCACAACACCACUCUGGGCUCACUGGACAAGUACGCACCUGGCAGUCCCUUAAGAAUCGGUACCUUCGCUAUUUACUGCCAUCGCUGGGUACUCUAUCGCUGACGACCUCCCAAGCUGCGACCCUGCGGGCGGCUGCAUCUUCCGGUGAAAUUGGUAAAAAGAAAUCUCCAAAAAACAACUCUAUUUAUAAAAUCAACCCAGUACGGAGCGCGUGGAGCUCUCGCCCACUUCAGGAACUUCGAGAUAAAGAUGAAGAACCUCAAACACCACGACAACUUCGUUCAAAUGUGGCCACAGCUCCGAGGGUCGAAAUACCAACAUACUCCGAAAUCACAAGACGCUUUGCCGAACGGCAUCAGUCUACACCGUACACCGAAGAAGACACGUUGGAAACAAGCAAAGAACAAGAAACUGACAAUACCAGGAGCGCUACCACCAGAAGUCGAUCCCAGCACCUGAAUGGGGAAACCAAGAGAAGCCUCAAGAGAAAUCGCGUCGAUUCUGACACAGAGACCAACGAACGAAAGCUUCGUAAAACCAAACCGAACAAAUCGUUGGAAAACACAGGAGUACCAAGAAAAACGGAAACACCAAGCAAACCAACGGACAGGCAGAGUGUUAGAAACACAUCGAACAGAGACAGAGAUAUGAGAAGAAAGUCGAUGAAUGAGAAAAGAAAAGAGAUCCUUGCGAAAAAAGAUGAAGAGCAACCAAGUUAUCGAGGUAACGAACGGAGUCUUCGAAGUAACAAAGAGGAUAAUUCCAUCAGAAACCGAACUAGAACGAAACGUAGCGCAACUGAGAGCGAUUCGGAUUUUCAAAAGAAGAAAGAAACACGUCAAUCAACACGUCAGUCAACACAAAGGGCACAAAAGAACGGACAUGGUGGGAGUACAGUUAUAAGUGACGAUAGUACAUCCGGAAAUGACAGCAAUGCUAGUACAGUUGAAAGUGACAGUAGCUCUAGUACAGCCGAAAGUGUCACAACCAAGCCCAAAACGAGAUUGAGCGUCAAAAGUGAGAAGAGUGGGAGUAUUCGAAAAUUUCAAAGGAACAAUGUCGAAUCCGUAGACUGGAGGACUCGGAGCAGCCGGAACAAUAUCGUCUUCGAGAUCAGCGAUUCGAGCGACAACGAAGUGGGAGUGAGAAAGACUCGACGUCUAUACAAUCCAAGUGCCUAUGUCUCCAAGAGGAGAUAG